UUUCAAGGACAACAUUUUCGUCACACCAUCUACAUACACCCGACAAGACAGGGACUGCCACGUCUGAUAUUUCAAGGCUUUAUUCCAUUAUAUUCUAUCAUGGACCCUAAGAGAAGUGCACAGGAUGUCCUACGAUGUUACUUGUGUGAGACUCCUAAUCCUCAAUAUAACUGUGACAUCUGUCACAUCAACCUUUGUAAGACGUGUGCAGGAGAACAUCUGUUGGAUGAAUCUAAAGAACAUAAAGUUGUACCAAUCAGGCAAAGAGGUUAUGGUCCUGACUACCCUACUUGUUUAAAACAUACGAAAAAACAAUGUGAGCUCCACUGUGAACAAUGCGACCUUCCAAUUUGCACUCAAUGUGUUUCCUCUGAUGUACAUCUAGGACAUAAAGCAAUCGACAUCAUGAAAAUUUUUGACACCAAGAAAGAAAUCUUAAAAAAUGAUUUAGAGGAACUUAAAAUCUCUCUUAUUCCGAAAUAUCAUGAGAUUGCAGCAACUAUCCCAGUACAGAAAGCUGAACUUGAAAAACAUUCUAAAAGAUUGACGACUGCUCUCUGUAAAAGGGGUGAAGAAUGGCACAGAGAAAUUGACGAGAUAAUAAACAAUAGAAAAACUGAAAUUAACCAAAUGCAAAUCAUGUACCUGGCUGCUUUAAACAAACAGAAAACUGAAAUCACGCAAAGCAUUUCUUUAAUCGCACAGAGAAUUGUUGAUCUGAAGAAGUUGCUAGAUUCUUAUGAUGUUUACGCCGUCUCGGCAUACAAGUCUAAAAUUGAUAGCUUUCGAAAACUGCCUCCUUAUCUCCGUGCUAUAUUUCCUUGUUUUUCUUCUAAUAUAAUAAACACAGAAUACCUUCAACAACAGUUUGGUAAAUUGUCAGCAUUCUCUAUUGAAAGUCAAGAAUAUGACUUCAAAAUGGAGAGUAGCGAAGCUGCAUCACCUUCUUCAGAUAUUUGUCGAAGUCCUCUUCUUAAUCAACCAAAGAUCAUCACAACUAUCGAUACAAACUUUGAACACAUGUUCAGUGUAACUUGUUCAACUGAUGAACAAAUAUGGACUCGUGGUGAUAGCAGUAUUAUAAAACUUUACAAUCUUCAAGGAGAACUAUUGGAAUCAAUCCGAACAAAAUCAGGAAAUGACCCACGAGAUAUAACAGUAUCAAAGAGUGGGCAUCUAGUCUAUUCUGAUUUUGAUGAAAGAACUGUGAACAUAAUGAAGAAUAAACAGAUAUCAGAAGUGAUAAGGUUACGAACAUGGAGACCACUCCGUGUAAAUAGUACAGUUUCUGGAGAUCUCCUGGUUACUAUGGUCGGGGAUAGGAAAAAACGGACAAAGGUCGUGCGUUGCGCAUAUUCAACAGAGAAUCAAACCUUUCUAUUUGAUAGCAAAGCUCAACCUUUAUAUUUUUCUCCCCCACAAUGUUCCAUUAAUUACGUAACUGAAAACAAGAAUCUAGAUGUCUGUGUGGUCGAUGGGACAGCCUGUGCGGUGGUAGUAGUAAAUGAGGCCGGUAAACUACGCUUCAAAUACACUGGUCCUCCCUCGCCUACAAAAGAACCGGUUCAUCCCAUAGGUGUCUGUACAGACAGCCAGAGUCAAAUCCUGAUAGCUGACAAUGCUAAUGACUGUAUCCACAUUCUAGACCAGAACGGGCAAUUUCUCCAAUACAUAGACUAUUGUGAUUUACAUGAGCCAUACGGUCUAUGUGUGGACACUAGAGACAACCUCUUUGUAACCGAAUGUUCCACUGGUAAAGUGAAAAAAAUUCAAUAUAAAAAAUAAUGAAUAUAUUCAUUAAACUAGUUUCUAUGUGUCCAAUAACACUCAAAAUUAAAUAAUCAUACAAAGUGUCAUGUCCUGUUUUUCUAAGUGAAAAAAGGCUGAUUUGCAUAAAUAUACCAUCGAGUAAUAUAAAUUCAUGUCAUGGAUUUGAGCUAU